AUACGUGGAGAAAAUACGGGAGAAAGAAGAAGCCGGAGAAAGGACGGGGAGGAACGGCCCCGCAAAGCUGUGGGGAACGGGAAGAGGAGGCGGAGGACCCUAAGGAGCGGGGGAGCUGAAGGAGAGCCCAGUCAGGCGCGGGGAGGAGCCGGCUGAGGAGCGGCGGCACCAGAGGUUGAGCUGCCGGGGAUUCCUCCCGAAUGCAACAGUCAGGCAAGGUUACCGAGGUUAACGGUCAGGCUGGCGGCAGCGAGCGGCGAGCUCAGCGCGGGCAGUCCCGCCGCCUCCCGCCCGCCUCCCGCUCGCCUCCCGCCCGCCUCCCGCUCGCCUUCCCCACUCACUUGCAAACUGUCGUGCGCCGAUACACACGCAAUAAGGUCGUCAAAGCUGGUGGUCCCUACAGUAACAAACACGCACUUCAUCGCGUGUGAGCCACAACCCUGAAUAUCAAGGGCCGGAUGUGACGUAGCGGAGCCCACGUGGACGCCGUGGAGCCCACGUGGACGCCGCAACUGCGCUAGCUUACCCGAAGAUUCUACUACAGGCUAGAAUUUGUAUCUUCAACAAAGAAGAACAAUCUCAGAGCCUCAUGGAAAAGGACCGUACCAGUAUGGUUAGCUAAUCCUUCAAGAUUCAUCAGAGGUGCAAGUUCCUCCAGGAAGCCCUUCUCUGACCCUUGUAAGGAAUAGCAACAUUGAUACUUCCUGAUUCAUAAGAACUCUUCCAGUCAUACAAAAGUCAUAGCAACAUAAAGCCAGGCAAGUUGGGAAAUUGACCUCAGCUCAAGGGGAGCCACCAAUGCCUCUCAGAACCAAAAACUCAAAAUCAGAUGCAAUGGUUUUCUUGAACAGACCAGACCUCAGCUCUGUGUCAAGGUUUAUUUGUCAUUGUUGCAAAGGACUUGCAGGGGAGAGCCCAUGUGGCAGAUGAAAGUGUCAAGCUAAGGUGAAAGAUUUCUGUCCAUCUAACCUGGUUCUUUGGAGAGGCUCCUUGAUGGAUGAAGACAUCAACAAGCAGAGGAGGAAGACCAUUAGCAGAUGCCAAGUUAUGCACAGAAAUCUUCUUUGAUAACCUCUCAUUGAAAGAAGCCAGAUACAAAAAACAAAAACAAAGACAAAGAACCACCAGAGAAACACAAAUAAAUCAGGCCAGAAGCAUUCAAGUCAGUUCUUGAAACAUUGAGCGCUUGUGUGCGAUCGGCAGUCACAGAACUGCUUCACCAAGGGGACUCCGCAAGGUCUAAGUUACAAGGAAGUUAGGAAGUAAGAGAACCUGGAGGACAAGAUUGAAGCCGAUGUUUUCAUGGCCUUAAUCAUUGUCUUGCUCGUCAGUGACCACUAUCCACACCUGAAGACAGUAAUUGGAAUGUUAGAACUUUAGAAGUGGUCCCAUCCCUCAUUUGUAAAAUGAGGGAACUGAGUUCCAGAGAGGAUUCUAAUUAACAGUGGACACCUGAUCUUGGAUGCUUCUUCGAAAACACCUCGACUUCCUUCAGAUCAGCAAAGUUUACAAUCAAAAACCCAAGCGGUCUCUGAGGUUCCACCAAAAUAUGGAACUUGAUUUUGGACAUUUUGAUGAAAGAGAUAAGACAUCCAGGAACAUGAGAGGCUCACGGAUGAAUGGGCUGCCUAGCCCCACUCACAGCGCCCAUUGUAGCUUCUACCGAACCCGAACCUUGCAGGCACUGAGCAACGAGAAGAAAGCCAAGAAGGUACGUUUCUACCGCAAUGGGGACCGCUACUUCAAGGGGAUUGUGUACGCUGUGUCCUCUGACCGUUUUCGCAGCUUCGACGCCUUGCUGGCUGACCUGACACGAUCUCUGUCUGACAACAUCAACCUGCCUCAGGGAGUGCGUUACAUUUACACCAUUGAUGGAUCCAGGAAAAUCGGAAGCAUGGAUGAACUGGAAGAAGGGGAAAGCUAUGUGUGCUCCUCAGACAACUUCUUUAAAAAGGUGGAGUACACCAAGAAUGUCAAUCCCAACUGGUCUGUCAAUGUGAAGACAUCUGCUAAUAUGAAAGCCCCUCAGUCCCUGGCUAGCAGCAACAGUGCCCAGGCCAGAGAGAACAAGGACUUUGUGCGGCCCAAGCUGGUGACCAUCAUCCGCAGUGGGGUGAAGCCUCGGAAGGCUGUGCGUGUGCUUCUGAACAAGAAGACAGCCCACUCCUUUGAGCAAGUCCUCACUGAUAUCACAGAAGCCAUCAAACUAGAGACCGGGGUUGUCAAAAAACUCUACACUCUGGAUGGAAAACAGGUAACCUGUCUCCAUGAUUUCUUUGGUGAUGACGAUGUGUUUAUUGCCUGCGGUCCUGAAAAAUUCCGUUAUGCUCAGGAUGACUUUUCUCUGGAUGAAAAUGAAUGCCGAGUCAUGAAGGGAAACCCAUCAGCCACAGCUGGCCCAAAGGCAUCCCCAACACCUCAGAAGAGUUCAGCCAAGAGCCCUGGCCCCAUGCGCCGGAGCAAGUCUCCAGCUGACUCAGGUAACGACCAAGACGCAAACGGAACCUCCAGCAGCCAGCUCUCUACCCCCAAGUCUAAGCAGUCUCCCAUCUCUACGCCCACCAGUCCUGGCAGCCUCCGGAAGCACAAGGACCUGUACCUGCCUCUAUCCUUGGAUGACUCAGACUCACUUGGCGAUUCCAUGUGAAGGAGGAGAGUAUUCAGAGUCCAGAGUACAAAUCCAAGCUUACCGUUACAAUAGGGUACUUCUGGUCAAGCGGCCAACAGGGCUACUGGUGCUUUCAAGUUUUUAUUUUGUUGUUGUUACUUUUAAAAACACACUGUAAUAUGUUGGGUUUAUUUUCCUGUGAUUUCUCCUCUGGGCCACUGAUCCACAGUUACCAAUUAUAAGAGACAGAUUGAUAAGCAUCCUUUGGGGUAACUUUCCAAGGAUGCAAAAUGUGCUAGUCCAUGACCUUUCUAUUGAAUACUUAGGCGCCUGCGUUAUUUUUCCCCGUCUCGCUUUGCUCAUACAUGACAGUCUUCCUUCUGUAGAGAGUUGUUUACAUACAUGGCACUUAAGAUGUGUGUGUGGGGGAAGAAAACUCAUUGGCAAAUCCAAGAGUGACAAAUACAAGUGCCCCUUGUCUCCCCAUCUCAAGAAUGCUGGAGGAUCUUGGGAAGACGGCAAGGCAGCUCCCCAGCCUGGCUCUUCACUCCUGAUUGAACCCCCAGUUUGUUGUUUAGCGCCAAUUCUGGCUGUCAAGGGGGAGAAACACCAGCAACUUGUCAUUCUGACACCAGAUGCUUAGGACCCCAGUGCAGGGCUACCUUAAAGAAACCAGGCAAAAUUGGAAAACACUGUAGACAUGUCAGUAGUGUUUAUACAGCACAGUGAAUUCCUUGUCAACAUCUCCACUGGGGCAAUUUAGAAUCAAUAAGCAAUUAAUAAGAGUUGGGGGUGAGCGGCUUCCAUAUACCUGAUUCCUCUAGGAGGCUGUCUAACACAAACCGUACGGUAUCCAUCUAUCUCUGUUCUAUUGAAUGCCUUGUCAACAGCUAACACUGAAAACACUGUGAGAAUUUGUUUUCAGGUCUGACACCUUUCGGUCGCUUUUUAUAGCAAGAAACCAAUAUCCUUUUUAUAAAACCUCGUGUCUAUAUUUCAGGAGCAAACUCUUCAGGCUCCUUUUUUAUAAACUGGUGAUUUUUCUUUUGUCUAAAAAACACAUGCAGAAAAUUUACCAAAAAAAAAAAAAUGCAGAAGAAUAACGUAGUUUAGAAAUCAUGCUGUCACUGCCAAACAGAAACCUCCAGGAAAAAACAAAAUGAAUAGCAGAGGCCAAUUCAAUAGAAUCAGUCUUUUGAUAACUUUUUAACAGUUAUGCUUACAUUAAUAAUUUCAAUGUGGACCAGACAUUCUGAUUAUAUUUUAAAUGAAAUGUUAUGGCAUAUUUUAAGCAGCUCUUUUUUAUCUAUAAUCCUGAUAUUUCAUACUGAAGACAGAGAGUCCUUUCACUUGUCUUUAACACUAGAAAGGAUUUCUCUUUGCUAAGGACUGAUCAUUUGAAAUAGUUCUCAGUCUUUGAGGUACAGGUUCAUAACACUGCUUUUUGUCUGUAAUCAUAGCCCAUAAUGGCAAAGACAACUAAAUCAAGUGAAAGCCAUGCAUGCCAAUUCUGUGUUUGCUUUUAGCAGAUAUGAAGAUGUCCUUAUUUCUUUGUAAUUGUUCAGAUAGUUGGAAAGGCGCAGCAUUUGAAGCCAAGCUGCUGUUUGGCUAUUGAAUGACUUGCAUUUGUUCCUACACUUUAACUAGAAUGAGCUUGCUGUGUGUGUGUGUGUGUGUGUGUGUGUGUGUGUGUGUGUGUGUGUGUGUGCAGCCGCUUCAUAAUUAGGAGAUAUUACAGGACACCCUGACAUGGAUCAGUGACAACUUGGUGGCAUUGCUGAUGUGCAGUGGGUAGGAGGAAACUCGUGAUGGAAGGGGUAGAUCAGAUGCCCCUAGACAAGCUUCAGGUGUCCUUAGCUACAUAAAACAGUUUUGGUUCAAGGAAAGUCCAGAUGUUGGUAGUAUUGAUUCCUGGUAAAACUGGUCAUUGAAGAACCCAAAAUGAUGAGAACCUCUUUUUGCCCCUCUCCUUUAUUCGUAGGCUGUUAGAAACCAUUAAGAAGCCCAUUGUACUUACCCCCUACUUCUUUCUAGAAGUUCAAGGUUUGCUUAGUGCCUGCCAGAGCAAUUUGUAGUUAAUUGGGAAAAAUUGGUACUUGGGUUGGAGGAUGUAGAGAGUGGUAGGAGGUCUGUUUCUAAACUGCAGGCCCGAUUCCCCAAAGAUUUCACCCACAAUCUUCCCCAGAUCUCAUUUAGUCCAAUUCCUUCGAUUUAAGAUGAAAUGCAGGCUGAGGCAGCUAAACGACCUACUGGUAAAGAGCCGGACCAGAGGAGAAACUCAGAUUUCCUCAUGUCCACGCCCUGUGCUACGCCUCUGAGCGUUCCCUUGCUUGUGGCAUAUGUACCAUUAGAAAGUAUUCAGUGGCCAUAUUUUCUUUAGAAUGAUCUUUCAACCUUCUAUAAUAAUCAAAGAAUUCCUAUUAUUAUCUUUUAUAAUAAUAAUCUUCUAUAAUAAUAAUAGAAUUUCUAUCUUUUAAAAAAAUCAAUUAUAAGGAAAUGUUUCUGUACUGCCACUUUAGGGGAGUUUGGUGUAGUUCAAAAUUCAAGCCUUUAACAAUUGCAUUUUAAAUUGGCCCAUUUUCAAGGCAAAAAGAAAUCUGGUUGUUACUGAGCACCUUCACCCCUGUCAUUGGUUCUCAAUUUUAUCCAAUCCGGUUUUACUACGAAAGUCCCAUUGUGUUACCUUCUGCACAGUCAGCAAGUAGCACGUCGCUCAGCAAGGAUUUGCCGCCACUCCCCCCUGCCCCAGUCUCCCUCCCUGUUGGACACACACACAGACACACACACAAUCCAUCUGUUGCUUGUUCCUACCUCCUGAUUUUUCUUCCUUACAGAAAUAGAAAUAGGGACAAAGAAAGGGAAAAUGUAUAUAUGGGGCUGGGCUGAACAACUUCAUAAGUAGUGUUAACUAGGGGUAAAUUGAGAGAAAAGUUCCUUUUCUCUUCACUGUUUUGGAAAGGAUAGCCAUUAGCAUGACUGCUUUGUGUCCUUAAGGACUUUAGUGUUAGCCUAGAUUGAAUCAUAGAGUUUUCUAGCUGGAAGGAACCUUAACAUCAUAUCGUCUACUCCAAAUUCCUCAUUUUCAGGCCAGGAACGGAGAUGCAGAGGUAAAGUAAUUUCCCCAAGGUCACACAGCUGGCUAGGGGCAGAGCUAGGAUUAGAACCCACAUCUCCUGGCUCUUACUCCAAGGCCUUUUCCCACUGAACUGUAUUGCCUUCCACUAGGCUCCUGAGAAUUCUUUCCCAGGGUCAUGUUGCAUCUUGGAGCCAUAUGCUGCUGCCCUGAUCUCAGUGGGAAAUCCACCCAGCAACCUAAUACGGCUCUUUCUCCCUAUAUUCACAUGGUUCCCAUCCACAUGGACUGCAGAUGUCCCCAAAGAGAAGGAGGUAUUGGGGACCAACAGGAACAGUGGGGUUGCUGACCUUGUCUAUCCAACACAGGGGAUCACUGCCCUGCCUUGAGGAGCCCUCAGAACAGUCCCCGGAGCUCCUGCCCUGUUCAGAUGGGAUGGGGGAAGACUGGUGUCCCCUGUCAGCUCACUUCAUCUCAUCUCAUACUGGUUGGUCUUUGUAGGCUGAGAAAAAUGUUUCUUGUUCCUAGAG